AUGGCUGAAUCCGAAACAGCCCUCAUUGACCAGUAUUUUGGAACUUCGCCGCCGUUGGUAUCGAAGCGACUUUACGAAAAGGCAAUUGCACACAAUGACGAGCUCACCCAAGCCGAACGUUGGUUAUUUCUCUGCCAAGGCAUUCUGCAAGGCCAGUUCCUAGCGGACCCCAAAUCGCUUACCGAGGAGCAAAUGAGCAGGGUUCUCUGUCGCCCGUCUCUAGAGAUGUUGGCACGGAACAUCAAAACCACAAUCGGCCUUGAUUCUGUCGCUGAAGUUCUUCGCGACUACUGGAAUCCUGAUCGUACUAAACAGCUUAGCUACCACGCCCAUGAGUGCCUUACCAUGGGAUGGUGGACAUUUCAUACAGCUGACAUCUACGAGCUGCCAGAUCCGAAAGACUCGAACCCCGCAGUGGCAAACGCGGCGAACAGACUGGCAAGACGGGCCAGCAAGGAGAAAGCCGAAGAAGAGGCUCUUCAGUGGACAGUUACACAAAGAUUCUGCAGCGGCAUGGAAAUGUCAGAAACCGACAUUGAGAUUGAUAUUGAGAAGGAACAGAAGGCCGGCAAAUCCAAUGAGGAAUGGUGGAUGAUUUCUCAUGAGUGGCGAGACAAGAACGCGGCCAUGGACCGGGCUUUACGAGAGAAACUGCUUGCGCAAGUCAACCAAAAGUUGUUGAAUGCCAUGGCAGCUGAUCUAGCCGCAAUUAGAAAAUUGCGCGAACGCAUGAUCUCUGAAGUAGCGGAGGAAGCAGGGCAGGAAGCAGCGGCGGCCAAGGCCAAAAAAGAGGAGGAAGAGCGCGACCAGAAGCGUGAGAAGGAGGAGAAGGUUUGA